AUGAAUGCGCCUUAUCUUGACCUUCUCAUUAACACUGAACAAGACAACAGUAUAUAUUUUAAGUUGUAUGAUAAACGAGAUGAUUUCAACUUUGAUAUUGUGAAUUUUCCCCAUUUAGACAGUGAUAUUCCAUUAAUCCCAGCAUAUGGGGUCUAUGUAUCCCAGCUUAUUAGAGUAUUUGAUCGUCAUUCAAAUUUAAUUCAGGUGAUGGAUACGGAUUGACUCGAAAACAUUCGAUUUGGAAAAUAUUUGUGGAUUUCAUGCAAAGAUUGAUCUGAAGCAAUAUGACAUCCCAAAGCCCAGCAGAGACGACUACAUCAGUGUACAUGGCCAAUGACUCUGCCAACGCUACCACCCCGGAAUGUGUUUCUUACUUGGACAUCAACGCUUAUUUUUUAUUCAACCUAAUACCAGCCAGCUGCGUUAUCAUUGUUCUAGCGUUCCUACAACGACGACAGGCACUAUGUCGGGGUUGUUUAGACGGCCGUCCGGGUCUAUUGAGUCCGAUAGACUUCAUACAGGGUCGUUCCCGACGUUUCUCCUACGCGGCAGCAUUUGGCUUGACGGCAGGUCUCUGUAUUACAAUGAUACUUAGGGAAUUACCUGUGAAACCAACGCCAACCACGCCAAGUUAUCUCACUACAUUUUACUACGUGUUGACUGUGAUAAUAUAUGGUACCAAUUUCUACCCUGUGUUUGCUGCAUUGACUAUGGACACCAUAUUUAGUUAUAUCAUUGGAACGCUCUACGUUUGGUCAUAUAGCAUCAUUUUCUUCCUCUCGCUAUGGAAACUCUGCAGGGAGGAUGUUGAUGAUGAUAUGAUAAUAAUGGGAGAAAUGGUAUAUAAUGCCCCUACUAUUCUGUGCUGUGGCUAUCUCAUGUUCAGUUUUCCAAUACGCCUGAUUAUAAGUAUCCGAAAUAGGAAUAGGGAUAGGAGUAUGGAAUGGACACACCAUUUCCAGGCAAAAUACGUCAGGCGAUUAUUUGAUCCAAUUCCAGAAGAGAAGCCUCCACCUGGCAUGAAGCAGAAGAUAAUCGGAACUAUAAAAUCUGGGAUGUACAAUAGGGUUUCUGGGUACAGGUACUCAACACGUGUGAUAUGUACUACAGUAGUGACCAUCAUUGUCAUAUAUAUGUUGUUUUCCCUGUAUAUGCUGAUGCUAUACCCAUAUUUGGACUAUGCCUAUCUGUCAAUCACAGCCAUUAUUGAAACUGGCACCACCCCUUUAGUCAAGCUCCUCAUAGAGGCAAUCAUGGAGAACGAAAUUGAAAUCACACAAGUGUUUGACAUUCUACUAACCUAUAUUAGUUUUGUUGUUGCUGCUGCUGUUGCCUUCAUUCUCGUGCUCUACAACAUACUCCGGAGUUUGGCCUGCUACAGAUAUGAUCAGUUGACAUUAUACCGUGGAGCCCACCCGAACCUUCCACCAAUGAAGGACCUUGGGCACUCAGGACUUAUGACGGGGUUCAUACGAUUUGCUGGAUAUCAGGUGGCAUAUUGCGCAUGGAGUUUUAUCAUUACACAACUUCUACUGUUCCUGGUGAUAUUUGUAGUAUCCUGUGUUUUAAUAAUUCCCCUUACACUUGGUUACGGUAGAUGGUUUCUCAAUGUACUCUUAAAUGCAUGGCCUGCAGUGCUAGUUGCCAUGGUGCUAAUGAUUGGACAAAUGUUGCUGUCCAGAUUCGCAUUCCUGCAAGAGAAAGGGGGUGUUCUCGCUGCUAAUAAUAGACGCUGGUUGUUCAUCUUUACAUAUUACAUGUUUUUCUACAACGUCUUCUUGGGAUUGUUUUCCACUCUGAAGCGGAUAUUGUUCUCAGUAUUGUUCGGGACCCUCUUCUUGAGCAGAAUGGACAUAGCAUCAUUGUCUCGCUUCUUUGAAAGAAAGGAUCCAGGUUUCUCGUCCUACCUUGGGCUCCUGUACGUUGAACAUUGUCACAACCACCCCAUUUUGGUGACAUUCUGUAACAUCCUCAUUGACGAUCACAACCGGAAGUACCAUAAAGGGAGAUACGCCUCGAAAGCCAUUAGAGACGAGGACACUAUUGAUGUAAAGAUAAAAUCCCAACAUGGUAAAUACCGGGAUUUCAAAGACCAGAAGUCAUGGCGAUCUUACAAACGCGCUCAAAUGCGCUGGCAAUUAGUACUCACACUGAUGCGUGCGCCGAUUCUUCAAUACAAUCGGAAACAAGCGAUUAUUGCCGAAGCAGAAGCCGAGAGAAAGCGCGAGAUUUCAGAACAAAAUGAAUUAAACUUACAAAAUGGAAGACAACAUGGGCUCAAUGAUAUGAAAUACCAGCCAACGACAAUUGCCAACCACCACACUAUCUUGAAUGUAGGGGACUUGGACAACGUUGAUUCUAACAAAAUGAACGUGUAUUUAUCUAACCCACAUGACACUCAAAAGGAACAAACUACAUUCCUCUAAACUUACCUCAAACGAUGUAUUUUGUAUUUUUAUAUGAUGUUUUAAUUGGUAUUUAGUUAAUAUAAUGCUCAUUAUAUAUGAUAGGAUGCAACCACUCGCUUGUUAUGCAUCGUAUAUUUUAAAUACGAGGAUAAGAUACAGGGUAAUAUGGACAUAAAGACUUACGUAGUAUGUUUUCAUAGAAAUGUUAUGCAUCGUAUAUUUUAAAUACGAGGAUAAGAUACAAGGUAAUAUGGACAUAAAGA